UUGAAAUACCAUUACCCAAUCUUAAGAUGCAGAAAAUAUAUAGUCCAAACAUCUACUGCAACCAGGGUGGAGAAAUUCAAAAAUGUGCGAGAUGUGCUGCGCAGGGGAGUAAGGGGUUCAGUCCAGCACUCAAUCGGACCCAUCAAGGGAGACAAGAGGGAGCCGAGUAGAAGAUUUGGACAUGGUGCAAGAGAUACGCACGACGCCCUAAAAUGGAGUAUCACCCGUUCGCGAGGGGCAACUUUGGGAAAAAAGUAUAGAACAGACGUCCGUGAAAUGAACCGGCGGGUAGUAACAAGAACUGUUAAGUGA